AUGAAGAAGUCUCUCUCCUUCAGCCUGAUGGCCCUCUGCCAGGCCAUGGCAGUCCUUGCCUCCCCCUCCUUCAUGUCCCUUGGAUCGGAGAAGCGUGCGACCACCUGCAGUGGUAACACGGCCAGCACGAGGUCCCAGUGGUGUGACUACUCGAUAGACACGAACUACUACAACGAGGUCGUGGACACGGGAGUGACGCGCGAGUACUGGUUCGAGCUGACGGACGUGACCGUGGCUCCGGACGGUGUGUCGAGGACGGCCAUGGCCGUCAACGGCUCGAUCCCGGGCCCGACCAUCUUCGCCGACUGGGGCGACACCGUGACGGUGCACGUCACCAACAAGCUGACCACGUCCAACAAUGGCACCAGCAUCCACUGGCACGGCAUCCGCCAGAACUACACCAACCAGUACGACGGCGUCUCCUCCAUCACCCAGUGCCCCAUCGCCCCCGGCGAGAGCCUCGACUACACCUGGAAGGCCACCCAGUACGGGUCCACCUGGUACCACUCCCACUUCGCCCUCCAGGCCUGGCAGGGCGUCUUUGGCGGCAUCAUCAUCAACGGCCCCGCCACCGCCAACUACGAUGAGGACCUGGGCAUAGUCCUCCUCACCGACUGGGACCACCAGACCGUCGACGAGCUGUGGGAAUCGGCCGAGACCAACGGCCCGCCCACCCUCGACACCGGUCUCAUCAACGGCACGAACGUCUGGACCGACGAGGACGGCAACACCGCCGGCUCCCGCCUCAACGUCACCUUCACCGAGGGCACCUCGUACCGCAUGAGGCUGGUCAACGGUGCCGUCGACACCCACUUCAAGUUCAGCAUCGACAACCACACCUUGCAGGUCAUCGCCUCCGACCUUGUCCCCAUCGAGCCUUACAACACUACUUCCCUCAACCUCGGAAUGGGCCAGAGGUACGACAUCAUCGUCACGGCCGACCAGGCCGACGUGGCCGACAGCUUCUGGAUGCGCGCCAUCCCCCAGUCUGCCUGCUCGGACAACGACAACGCCGAUGACAUCAGGGGCAUCGUCUACUACGGAGACAGCACCGCCACCCCCUCGACCACCGGCCACGACUACACCGACAGCUGCGACGACGAGACGGCCAACAUCACGCCCCACGUCUCCGAGACCAUCUCCGACGCUGACUGGACCAAGCUGUCCGAGGCCACCGUCGGUACCAACGACGAAGGCCUGUUCAGGUGGUACCUCAACAGCACCACCAUGCUGGUCAACUGGGCCGACCCCACGCUCCUGUCCAUCGUCGACGGCAGCACCGACUGGUCCUCGUCCGAGGCCAUCAUCGAGCUCGACACGGCCGACAAGUGGGUUUACUUCGUCGUCGAGACCACCCUGGCCGUCCCCCACCCCAUCCACCUCCACGGUCACGACUUCUUCGUCCUCGCCCAGGGCACCGGCACCUACUCCUCCUCCACCACCCUCAACACAUCCAACCCGCCCCGCCGCGACACCGCCAUGCUCCCCGCCUCCGGCCACCUCGUCAUGGCCUGGAAGACGGACAACCCCGGCGCCUGGCUCAUGCACUGCCACAUCGGAUGGCACACAUCCGAGGGCUUCGGCGUCCAGUUCAUCGAGCGUCAAUCCGAGAUCCUCGGCAUCACCACCGACACCUACGUCCAGGAUGUCUGCACUACCUGGUCAGAGUUUCAGGAGACCUACACCAUCGAGCAGGAUGACUCUGGCAUCUAA